CCAAAACGAAACUAAUAGUCCUUCGGGAUUCAAAUCCCUUUGGACUAAAAAUAUAGUACAUUAAAAAUUAACUGAGACCAUUGAUUUCAGAACUUAUGGAUGGCGAUCCAUUCUCUUUUCUGUGGACCAUCAAGCGUGAUCCUCCAUCUUACCUUUUUGGAACAAUUCAUGUGCCCUAUACUAAAGUUUGGGAAUACAUUCCAGACAAUGCCAAACAAGCAUUUGCGUCAUCCUCUCAUGUCUAUUUUGAACUGGAUCUUGUCAAUCCCACAACAGUGUCGGCUCUCUCAACAUGCCAAAUGUUGCCCCAGGGAAAGAAUCUCUCCGAUGUUCUUCCCGGAGAUCUCUAUAGUCGGUUGAAAAAGCACUUAGAGUACGUGAGGGGAAUGAUGCCUCACUGGAUGACUGCUGAUCAGAGAGGGAGGGGAUUGUAUGCUGACUACCUCUUCAAUGCAAUUGCUGGCAACUGGGAACGCAAAAGACCAGUCUGGGUGAUGUUGAUGGUCAAUUCCUUGACUGAGAGUGAUGUCCGCUCUAGAGGUGUACCAGUUCUGGAUUUGUAUCUAGCGCAGGAAGCGGAACGGUUGCACAAGCAAACAGCUGCUGUAGAGAAAGUGGAAGAGCAAUGCUUGCCAUUGAAUGGACUUAAUUUUUCCCAGUUGUUCUUGCUGGCAACAUUACCGGAAGUUCUUGAUGAUGACGGAACUAAUGGAGUCGAGCUUUUAAUGGCGAAUAAGGAAAAAAAGUAUAAAGUGGCUGAACAAGAGAACACCAGACUGCUGAAAUGGCAAUUGCUAUUUCCAUUCCAACUAAAGCAAUUUUCCGAAACGUUUCCUAGUUCGAUUUGUUAGAGAUAAUUUUUCAUCCUUAGUCUUAUCUUUAUCGUUGGGACAUGAAAGAAAGAAGUUAUGAAGUCAAUUUUCGCUAGAGCCUGUAAAAAAGGCGUUAAGAACUUGUUAAUGUAUGCACGCAAUUUAACAUGUUUAUAAUAGUCUUUUUCUUUAUUUCUAAUUAUUAGAUUUUGGUAAAACUGUCUAAUGUAAGAUUUUGCUUGUUAAUUAAUCUAGGAAAAAAGACCUGAUGUAAACACCAAAGAACUUCCUCAAAUUGCCU